AUGGCCUCAAUGAAAAGCGAAGAGCAAGACGCGAUAUCAGCAUGCGCCAAAGUCUUCGGUACCGCGGAACUGGCCGAUCAGAUCUUGCUGGAUCUACCACUUCGAGAUUUACUAUGCGGCGCACAGCAAGUCUCCAGACAGUGGAAGGAUGCCGUCGAAACCUCGAAUCUUGUUCAGGAACAUCUCUUCAUGAAGCCGAUCUGUGACAAGAGGGUGUAUGCCUACAUGUCUGCCGUCAUACUGCAAUGGUGGACACGCGACGAACACUGGCACAUACCACGCAUGGUUUUGGAGAAUCCGUUUCUGAUUCUUCUUUCUCACGAGAAAGUUUGUCUGCAAGAUGAAGCAUUCACACGCCCUGGGGCAUCUUGGAGAAAGAUGCUGAUCACCCAACCACCGGUCGGAGAAGCACACUGCAAUGAAUGGAAGUGGGUGACGACAUCAGAUGGCAAGGGCGUUACUUUGGGCGACAUCAGUGAUGGGCUUCCAAGUCGCACCCUUGCUAGGAUAGACUCCUGGUCAGCUUGGAUGUCUUACAAAGGGCCUCAGCAGUUGAAGGAAGCCAAAAUCGCCAUGCGCUUGAACAUCCGACCCGUGGAAGAGGAUAUCGAGGACGAGUGCGACGAUCUCUGGUGGAUGCCUGACGAGUACUUAUGCGGGAUCUGA